CCCCCCGCUGCGCGCGCCCGCCGCCUCACCUGCGGCCGCGCUCCCGCCACCUGCGGCCGUCCGGAGUCCGCGCGCAGCCCGCACCCCGCGGGGCCCGCCGCCAUGAGCAGCGCGGGCGGCGCCCACAUCACCUACGCCAGCCGCAAGCGGAGGAAGCCGGUGCAGAAAACAGUAAAGCCAGCACCAUUGGAAGGAGUCAAGUCCAACCCGUCCAAGAGACACCGCGACCGGCUGAACACGGAGCUGGACCGGCUGGCCAGCCUGCUGCCCUUCCCCCAAGACGUCAUCUCCAAGCUGGACAAACUGUCCGUGCUCAGACUCAGCGUCAGCUACCUGAGAGCCAAGAGCUUCUUUGAUGUUGCACUAAAGUCUUCCCAGGCUGACCUAAAUGGAAGUCGAGAGAGCAGCAGAGGCCAACUCCAGGACAGCCUGCGCUUACAGGAAGGGGAGCUCCUGCUACAGGCACUCAGUGGCUUUGUGCUGGUGGUCACCACAGAUGCCCUGGUCUUUUACGCCUCUUCUACAAUCCAGGACUACCUGGGGUUCCAACAGUCUGACAUCAUCCAUCAGAGUGUGUUUGAGCUCAUCCACACUGAAGACAGAGCGGAAUUCCAGCGUCAGCUGCACUGGACAUUAAAGCCAGGCCAGGCUGCAGACUCAGCACCCCAAGGACAAGAAGGCCAUGGCCUGUCCCAGACCUCAGGCUUUUAUAACCCAGAGCAACUUCCUCCCGAAAACUCCCCUUUCUUGGAGAGAUGCUUUAUCUGCCGCCUCCGAUGUCUCUUGGAUAACUCAUCUGGCUUCUUGGCCAUGAACUUCCAAGGGCGGCUCAAGCUCCUUCAUGGCCAGAACAAGAAGGCCAAAGAUGGGAGUUCCCUGGCCCCUCAGCUGGCUCUGUUUGCAGUGGCCACGCCGUUGCAGCCUCCGUCCAUCCUAGAAAUCCGCACCAAGAACUUCAUCUUCAGAACGAAACACAAACUAGACUUCAGUCCUACAGGCUGUGAUGCCAAAGGAAGACUUAUUUUAGGGUACACCGAGGCGGAGCUGUGCACGAGAGGAUCUGGGUACCAGUUCAUCCACGCUGCUGAUAUGCUGUACUGUGCAGAUAAUCAUCUCCGGAUGAUUAAAACCGGAGAAAGUGGCAUGACAGUGUUUAGGCUUCUCACCAAGGAGAAUCGCUGGGUCUGGGUUCAGUCAAACGCACGUUUAAUAUAUAAGAACGGAAGACCAGACUACAUCAUUGCAACGCAAAGACCACUCACCGAUGAAGAAGGAACAGAACACUUACAGAAACGCCAUGUGAAGCUACCUUUCUCGUUUGCCACGGGAGAGGCUGUGUUGUACGAGGUCACCUUCUCCUUCCCUGCGCUGAUGGACCCCACGCUGGGGAGGACCAAAGGACCUGGGGCCAGGAAAGAUGACUCCGCCAGACACCCUCAGAGCCAAGACUCGUUUCACCCCGGCUCAGUGCUGGCUGCCAUGCUGCAGCAAGAUGAGUCUGUGUACCUGUGUCCCCCUGCACCUCACGCUGCGCCCCUGCAGAGGGACUUCGGCGCCGAGACAGCAGAGGACCUGAGCGGCAUCGUGAGUGGUGACUGGCAGGAGAGCCUCAUGCCCUUGGGGGGCGAGGACGUGCUGCAGCAGGAGCAGAUGCAGCUUUCUCACGAAGCUGGCUUAGAGCCCACAGGCCCCUUCCCCGAGAACAGAAACAGUGAACUGCACAGCAUCAUGAGAAGCCUGGGCAUCGACUUUGAAGAUGUCAGGCGCAUGCAGCAGGAUGAGUUUUUCAGAAUUGACUUUUCUGGUGGGGAUGACAUCCGAGACAUUGAUCUGACAGAUGAAAUCCUGACCUAUGUGCAGACUUCCCUGAACAAGUCCACCUUCUCCCAUUCAGGUCCCCAGCCCCAGCCUCUUCUGCAUCCCCAGGCUUCUCUGCAGCAGCAGCACCCUCUGCAAAUCCAGCCUCCUGUGCGUCCCCAGCCUCCUCUGCAGUCCCAGCCUCCCCUGCAGCAGCAGCCUCUUCUGCAUCCCCAGCCUCCCAUGCAGCAGCAGCCUCUUCUGCAGCCCCAGCCUCCCCUGCAACAGCAGCCUCUUCUGCAUCCCCAGCCUCCUCUGCAGCAGCAGCAGCCUCUUCUGCAGCCCCAGCCUCCCCUGCAACAGCAGUCUCUUCUGCAUCCCCAGCAUCCUCUGCAGCAGCAGCAUCCCCUGCAGCCCCAGCCUCUUCUGCAUUCCCAGCCUCCCCUGCAGCAGCAGCCUCCUCUGCAGUCCCCGCCUCUUCUGCAUCCCCAGCCUCCCCUGCAGCAGCAGCAUCCUCUGCAGCCCCAGCCUCCCCUGCAGCAGCUGCCUCAGGGGGCUCCUCACAUCCCCAGCUCCAGCUGCAUGGUCCAAGAACAGUUAGAGCAGCAGCGGCGACAGCAGCAACAGCAUCUUUGUCAGAAGAUGAAGCACCUGCAGGUGGGCGGGGUGUUGGCCAGCUGGAGGCCAGGCGACCCCGAGCCCUUCCCUUGUCCCCAGCCAGAGUCACAGUCCUAUGAUGUCUUUCCCGAUGCUGAGUUCCCGUACAAGUCUGAAUUCAGCACUCUGCCCUAUACCCAGGGCUUGCUGUCCUAUUCCCAGGCUCUGUUCUCCCAGCCGCCCACCCUGAGCCACUUAGACUUUCCCGUAGGAAGUUUUGAACAGCCACCAUACCCGAUGUCUCACUUAGGAGACUUUGCCAGCUGUUUACCGCAAACCCCAGAAAAUGCAGGGUAUGGGGGCCAUUCACAGCCCACCCUGUCCGCCCCUCCAUCGUGUUACGCGGGGGCUGUGUCGAUGUUUCAGUGCCAGCCUGAAGGCCAGGCCUCCAGCGAGGGUCCGAUGCACUAUAACCCCAUGGCCUCCAGUCAGAACACGUCGUUAGACAAGUUUCAGAACGGUUUAAAUGGAGACGUUUUAAAUGAAACCUACCCAGCUCAAUUAGACGGCCUGAACGACCCUCAGGCUGCUGCCUGUCUCCGCCAAGCAGAAGCCAGACCCUUCCCAGACUUACCAUCCAGUGGCUUCCUAUGAUGCCUGCCCCGGCCUGCUCACCCGGCCAGCUAGAUACUGCUUGUAAGGAUGGGGAGGAGCCUCAGGCAGGGGCACUGCCAGAAACAACCAAACCAGAAGAAGCAGCCAGCACUUACCCAUCCAGAACGAGGCUCUGCCCAGGCUGGCCCAUGGGGCAAGCGGCCCGAUGCACUGACUCAGGAAGCCCGUGGGAGCAUCCGUAGGCAGAGCUGGGAGGAGAUGCCCUCUCCUCCUCCCACGGGCCACAGCCCCGCGGGGCCCCAGGCCCUUCUCCUUCCAGCUCUGGCUGUAGCCGUGGCUCUCUGUGCCGUCAUCAGCUGCUCCUGAGCCAGGGUUUGGGCUGCGGGUGCCCAGCCUGGCGAGUCCUGCCCCGGCCCCAGUGGGUGCGUGCCUCCUCCGCGUCCACCCAAGUGCCUCUGGGAGCGCAGGGAUUUUUGAUAGUAAAGACCAUUUCCUUUUAAAUAAUGCAUGGAUUUCAUCCUCUCCCUGCUUCAUUCUGUCCUUUGGGCUUUCAGAAAGUAUACUCUCAGUCCAGCUCUAUUUUACCUGUGGUCGUCAUCCCUGCUUUUCUUCAGGUGAUAGAAGGUUGAACGAAGAUAUUUAUUUAAAAGAAAAUAAUUGAUUAUCUUGCUGUUUACUUUGAGGCUUUAAAUGUGUG